GUUCCUGCAGUGGACUCGAACGGCCUUCACAGAUGGGACGGGAUGUACUAUUGAUAUCCUUUAUUAUAAUUUUCCCGGUUUUAACAUCAACAAAUAACUUGAGAAGCACGCUGAUGGAGGAGGCAAAGCAGGCGAAGAGGGGCAGUGAUAGAAAACCGAGGUAAAACAAGAGUGAUGGGACGGUCUGUUCACCCUGGCAGGACUUGAGACGGUUCAAAACCAGCAUUCCUUCUACGAGAUCAAAAUGGCCACGCCGCCCACUUGCUCAGCAAUGAAUCACAGCCCACAGAUGGUCCAGAUCUGCGCGCCAGAACAGAGGCUACAUCUGGCAUUGGCCGUGACAACUCAGCCAACUCAGAGCUCAAAGCCCUCGAGGAAACGAUGAGCGUCGGUUUAUCGGUGGGGACAGGAAAACCACGCUGUCUCACCGGGUUUGUUCCAGGCCGCUGACCCAAUAAGAAGACGUCGUCUCCUGCCUGACGGAUCAAACCUCUCUGUGCUGCGGUGUAUUCACUCCCUUUCAGAGUCAAGGACGUUACGUGAGACAUCUCGAUCUCUUGACUGACUGACUUCCACAGAGGCCACCAUGCAGCAGUGCCACACCGGGCUGUGCCUGUCCGUCUACAUCAUCACCUUUGUCCUGGGCUUCCCGGCCAACAUCCUGGCCUUCUACACGUUCUGCAGGAAAGUGAGGCAGAAAUCGACACCGAUCGACAUCCUGCUCCUGAACCUGACCAUCUCCGACCUCCUCUUUCUCCUCUUCCUGCCCUUCAAGAUGCAGGAGGUGAUGAACGGCAUGGUCUGGGACAUGCCCUAUGCCCUCUGUCCACUGUCCGGGUUCAUCUUCUACAUGACCAUCUACAACAGCACCUUCUUCCUCACCGCCGUCAGCGUGGAGCGCUACCUCGGCGUGGCCUUCCCCAUCCAACACACCCUGAAGCGCCGACCUGUGUACGCAGUCGCCGCCAGCAUCUUCUUCUGGAUUUUCUCCUUCAUCAACCUGAGCAUCGUCUUCAUUGUGCCCUUUAUCGGCAAUGAAGACCCUUCGACUCCAACCCCUAGCCACAAUUCCUCCGCCAACUAUGACACUGUCAAAAAACAGAGGGAAGUGUGUUACGAGAAUUUCACUGAGGCCCAGCUGAACGUCCUCCUGCCUGUGCGUCUGGAGCUCUGCAUUGUACUUUUCUGCAUCCCUUUCCUCAUUUGCAGCUACUGCUACAUCAACUUCAUCAGAAUUCUGUCCAAGCUGCAUCACAUCGACCGGCGCCGGCGAAUGAGGGCCAUUGGCAUGGCUUUGGGUACGCUGCUCGUGUUCGCUCUAUGUUUCGGCCCCUAUAACGUCUCGCACAUUGUCGGCUUCAUUACAUGGAGAAGUCCCUACUGGAGAGACAAGGCCCUGCUCUGCAGCACCUUCAACGCCUGUCUGGACCCUCUUAUUUUCUACCUCUCCUCCUCUGCCGUGAGAGGGACCGUGGGCAGCGUGAUGGAAGGGGUUAAGAGUCGCCUACAAAGGUGCCUGUCCUGUCACGUGUUCCAGGCCUUGUGGGGGGGAAGUAACAAGACUGCGAAAGAUAAGGAGCGCAAACAAGAGGAGACCAAUACUAUCUAAGCUGAGCGAGAGGAAACUGUGAGCAGCUGCCUUUACUCAUUUGUUAUAUCUUCAUUCCUGGAAGCAGGAAAUUAACAGUGUGUUUAUGUUUUUACACAUAAGACUUACUGUAAACGGUGCAGCGUGACUUUGUUUGUCCCUCCGAUGGAAACAAAGAGGAAAACCUCUGUCAGACUUAAUGUGCACAGCCACGGCGACGGGCCUCUUUGUACUGUCACGUGCAAAUGAAAUAUUCAUACAGAACAGCAGGAUUUCAGAUCUUCAUUAACGCAGCUGCAGGUGUUGCGCUGCGGCAGAAAGGACAACAGCAUCAAUAUCUUAGCAACAGCUUCGGACGCCAUCUUUGAGCAAUAAGAGAUAAAGCUUUGCUACCGGCAUUUGUAACAACAGGAUCGCUCGUUGUCACACAUCGUGAUAGGAAAAAAACAGAGAACUAGUGUGAAGUGUGAAAACGAGAAGGAAGCCGGAAGUGUGCUGAAAUGUAUUUGUGUCACAAAAAAAAAAACCAGAUUGUAUGCAGGUCACACACACAGGUUUCCGUGUCAGAAUGUAUUUGUGUGCCUAUUUUGCACCCUCCUUCAGAUCGUAGCUUACACAGUUUUGUAUUUAUAUCAUUUGAUUAGAGGCCUUGUCGCUAUGUGGUACUAAAGUUGUCAACAUGUAUGAAAUUAUGUACGAAUGAAUGUAAUAUAUUGCCUGAAAGCUUUAUGACAGGGGCUGUAAUUAUGAGUAAAAGAAUCAAUAUUUUCAUAUGCAAAUAAUUUAAACAUUUGUGUGCGUGUGUGUGUGUGUGUGUGUGUGUGUGGGGUGUUUAUACAUGUGUGAACGUUCAUGAGAGAGGGAGACAAGGCAGCACCAGGCCACAGAUGCUCUUCUUUCAUAAACAUGUCAUAUAAUAACACGUUUAUGUUGUUUACGAUUGGGAUUGUUUUGCAUGGAUGGCAGUCAGGUACGAGGAAAUUGUGUGUGUGCGUGUGUGUGCACGCCUGUGUGUGUGUGGAAGAGGAGAGAUAAGGACUAAUUUGUUUUUGAAAGAGUGAGUGAUGAGCGCCGCAUGUAAAUAUCCGCUGUGCUACAUGGAUUCAGAUGUGAUCACCAGAUCAGCGGUCAUGUUGUGUGGAGACGUGGAGAAGUGGUUUCAAAUAAAAAAAAAAAAAAAAAGAGGAUUAAAAAGCGAGUCAAAGCAAGUUUAUUGAGCAGAAAAUGCCUGUUUAUGACUAAUAUGGUUACACGUCACAUUCAUCACCCGGCUCCAAAUUUAUCGGUCAUUUUUACUGGCAGCACUCGCGCUGUCGGCUGCGUGGGCAGCCCCCUAAAUUUAAACCAAACUUCCUCCUAACACGUGUAUCAAGAUCUCGCCCCACACACACACACUGCACACAUACUACACACUUAGACAAUGCUAUCGCACAAGCGAGUGCUGGCGUCGGGCUGUAAUCCUGUUCUGUGAGGAUUAGGCCCGCGCGGAGGUUGAGCUGAUCACUGUAUCAGUUUGACAGGUGGAUCAUGCAUGAAGCAUUCAUCUUGACAUGCAGACCUGAGUGAAAUGACUAAGACGUGCGGUACUUCCAGCUACCGACACAAAGAGCAAAUAAAAACAAAAACAAA